AUGACGGAUGCCACCACUUCCCUGCUCACAGAGCACUUCAGCUACACCCCUUUGUCCCUCAUUGAUGAUAUUAUCAACUCUAUUAACAAUCUCAUCUACCAAGCAAUCUCAAGUCUCGAGACCGGACUCCUCAACACCCCGCCCGAACGCCUCGGCUUUGCGCACGCCGCCAACGGCUCCACGAUCCCCGACACCGACGAAGAUGGCAACGUGAUCUACCCGGAAGCGCAACUGGAGAUUGAGAACGGGCUGCACCAGCUCGAGACCCUCCUAGAGGCGACCGUUGACAAGACCUUCGAUAAGUUCGAGCUGUUUGUUCUGCGAAACACGUUCAAGAUCCCUGAGGACCUUAUGGGUUGGAUCCGGCUCAAGCAUUAUGAGAACCUCGAUCUGAAUCCACCGGAAGAUGCGCCCACGGCCGAGACGAUUGCCGCUCAGCGGAAGAAGCUUCAAGAGACCAAGAAGUUGAACCGGGCUUUGAAACGGGAGUACGCCCAGAAUGAGGCGGUCAUCGCGCAGUUGCGACAGAUACUGUCGAAUAAUGCGUCGGAACCCGACACCACAAAAGCGAACGAGGAAGCCCCUACCACUGAAACGACCCAGGAUCUGGACUUGUCGUUCUUGACUUCGAGCGCGGCGGCGCGGCAGUUGCGCGUCGGAGCGGUGGCUGGACCCGGCACGCAGCAUACGCCCAUUACCACGAACACUACGUUUAUUCUGUCGCAGCUGCCCGCUCUGCAGGCGUGCAUCAAGGAGCUCCGGCCGAAGCUGGCUACGUUGCAACAGCAGUCUGAAGACAAGAUGGAGGCGGACUCCAAGGCCGAUGCGAGACGUGAGUACAUUGAGAGCAGAGUCCGCUUGCAUCUUGAACGCGCCGGGCAGCUGGCCGCAGGCAACGAAGCCAACCCCGUGAUUACGGGUCGCAAAAUCGACAUUGCAGAAGCGCAGGCGCUUGAGUCUGUCAUGGGCCUACUUGCGGAGGGCGGAAGCAAAUCAGAAUAG